AUGACUGUCCACGACAUCUCGAGUCUCAAUGAAUUCCGCGAAAUCUCCAAAAACCACAAAAAGAUCAUCCUUCAGUUCGCCCCAAGUAUGCUUAGGCCCAGUGACUACGUUUCGCCAGUCUUUGAUAUGCUAUCUGAUGAAGAUACAGAUAUUUACUUUGUGAGGGCCGAUGCCGACCGAGCAGAUGACUUGGCAACUGAAUUCAAGGUCAAAGCGAUGCCGACGUUCUGCUACAUCAAAGACGGCAUUAUUAGGAAAGAAAUAGUCGGAGCGAUUUCAGCUCGCAUAGAUGACCUUCUCGCGGUCUACUCAUGA